AAAUGAGAGAAAGAAAGCGAGAGCUCAGACCCCUCCUACGCAUCUCUUUUCUUUUCUCUCUCCUCCUCUACUCCACCCCUCCACUUUUUCUGCCAUAAACUUUCGAACUCCACUUUGCUGCCACAGACCCUCCUUUCCUCUAAAACCAGAGCAACAGGAUUGAACCCCAAAACUCUCCAUCUACAGAUUUAGCCAACCGGAUCACCUUGUCCAUCACCACAACAACCAGCACUGCUUCCUCCUCACACGGCUCUCCGUACCACCUCGCGCUACUGCCGUCCUUCCUCCUCUGUCCUCCGCACCUCUCCCCUCUCUCUGCACUAAUCCGUCCCACCCACUCCGCCUCAGCAUGGAUAAGGUGCAGCACAUCACGCGGGCAGCCAUUCGGCGGGCGUCCACCAUGGAGGUUCCCCAGCAGGCCAAGCAAAACAUGCAGGAGCUCUUCGUCAACUUCUGCCUCAUCCUCAUCUGCCUGCUGCUCAUCUACAUCAUUGUCUUGCUGAUCUCUUUCCACGGCAUGUGAGAGACCAGCGUGAUGUAACCUGCUCAUCCUCCUUUUCAACGGCAAACAGGAAGAACCUCCACUUGGGGCCAAACACGCUCGGGAUACACUUCGACACAGCUGAACAGCCCAGGAAAUCUCCAUCCCAUCACUAUGGAUCUGAUCAAUAACCGAGGACUAAACCUGCUGCUCAACUUCCUGCUAAUUGUAGUGGCUCUACUGCUCAUGCUGAUUCUGGUCAAGCUCAUGUGACCCGAAAAUGGCCAGAAAUAAGAAUUAUUGGUAUAAGAGGGACGCAUGUUUCAGAGGCUCCUACUCUUCUCUACCUCCAAAACCAAUUUAAGGUUCCUUACAUGACAUUAGACUGAUUUCUAAACUUUUUCUCACUUCAACUACACACCGGACGAACCUGUGCAAAAUGACUGACAGGCAGAGAAUGUUUCUGAUUGGCUAGUUUUCUGAUGUAGGCUUUUCCCCUAACUAUUUAGUUUUUCACUGUCACAGAGACUUUUAUUAUUUCUCAGGGCACAUAUUUCACUCAUUUGAAUCAGAUAGUAGGGACGUUUUGAAAGCCUGGUGUUAAAAAUAUCAGUUAUCACUUAUUACAACUUUAGCCUAUGAUACACGCUUUGCUAGAGCUUAAUGGAGGAGUGAGGUAAACGCUAAAAACUGAUUUCCACUGCAUCACUCACAAAUAAGUCAAGCAUUAUAAAUUUUUUAAAAAAUUAAUAGUUGAUCAAAAAUGCUGCUACAUUUCAAUUACCAAAAAAAAAAAAAAAAACUGAGGCUUUAAAACCAGUGUCACUGCGCCCUCUAGUGGUUGCUGCCUCUUACAGCUCAAAAACAACAACACAAUUCCAUAACAAUGGGGUUUAGAUCAAAAUGAAGUCUUUUUCUGUGAACAGCAGGUUUGGAUUCAAGUACAUGGUCAAAUUAAUUAAAACUGAAAAUAUAGAUGAGCACUGAAGUCACGACACACCACUGACGCUAUUCUUAAAAAUCAGUAUUUUUCCUGCAAAAAAAAAAAAAAAAGCUGUGGAUAUGCACUCGUAAUAAGAUGUAUUUCAUAAACUGAAGGACACAGUCAAGGUUUUAAUAAGAAUACGUACCGGUUUGCCUGUUAUAUAAUCAAUGUACUCUUUAUAUAUUAUUUAUACAAUCACCGCUCUUGUUAAAAUCUGUGUGAAUAUAUUUAUGAAAUAAUUAUACUCAUAAAAGGAAGGAAUUGCUGUGUAGUGCAGGCACUUGAGAAAUAAGACAAAGAAAGCAAGUGCUGCGAAUAAAACACUUCCACUGAUAACAA